AAUAAAUUACAGCAUCAACAAAUGGAAAUGUAAAUAAACAUCUUCCCAAAUGGUGUCUUAAGAUCCAUGUAACCUUCGUUUUUAUUCACAUCUAUCACUGAUUUAAAAAAAAAAAAAGAAGUCUUUUUUUUUUUAUUAGCCAUACUUUUACUAGCACAUUACUUUUACUUUUCUACUUUAAUUUAUAAAUAUUUUAACUAUUACACUAUAUAUCAAAUUUAUGUAAAAAUUCCAAAAGGUUUCCAAAUAGUAGAAAACAUACCAUUCCAUUAUUUCAUUAUAUCAUUCAAAAAAAAAGAAUAAUAAUGGCAUAUAUUUCAUGAACAGCAUCUUUUGGAAAAUAUUUUUGCCUUCACUUCCUGCAGGCUAGAUUGUUUUAAUAAACCGUCUUAACCACUUUCUCCAAAAAGAUUAUUAGACAGCUGAUGCCCAUUGAACUGCUGCUACAAGAAUACUAACCAGGAACAACAGAAAUGCCCCAAUUCCCAGAUCCUUCCACUACAGGAUCAAAUUUAGUGUCACUACUUAUAUUUUUUAUGAGCUAAGGGACUUACUGACAUGCUGGAAGUAGGCUAGAAGGCCUGACCAAAAUAUGGUGAAGCACUUUCAGCCACUACAUUACCCACAGCUGGAAACAGUUUUUUCAGCUGUUCCCAUACUUUGUUACCAAACUGGUCCUAACUUCCUCUUACCAUGUGACUACGCAGGUUUGGUGUGCUGAGCUCUCCUGCUAACCCUGACCAGAUGAAGUGCGGAGUUGCCAACCGCUUCCCACCUUUCUCCCUCAGGUUUAGCCGUCCCAGGCGUUCCAUCUCCAGGAGUUCGCCCUCAAACAUCGAGCUCGUCACCAUCCCUAAGGUGAACGAACACAAACAGAACAUCACCGAGAAGGUCACCCAAGUAGAUCAAUGAGAUACGUGUGAGCUAGGGGUAUUUGUAUAGUGCCACUAUUUGUGUCGGAUUUGUAUCUGUGAUCUCUCCAAAUUUAAACCCAAAGUGAUAGUAGGUGUUGGGAAUGGUUUGAUUGGUCUGGCUAGACAGGUGGUGUUGAGAAUCCAGGAGAAGCCCUCUGUGAUGUACACAACAACAACUUGGAGCUUUUGACUCUCUCCACAGCAUACUUAUAACAUAAGUGAUAUGCAGUAGCGAGUGAUCACCACAGGUCUUCCUGAAGUCAAUAAUUAUCUCAUGUUUUGUCAAAAUUGAGAGAUGGUGUCUUGCAGGAUCCCAGUCCUGAUGCACACCUCUAGUCUCAACUCCGUGAACCAUAAGCUUUUUCUCUUUUUUAAUUUGUGUCUGUUUAGAACACAUUAUCUGUUUGAUCAAAAUAAUGUAUUCUCUUUUUUUGGUUACAUCCCUAAUGUGGGUCCAAAUGUUCAUGUAAGUAUGUUGCGCUAGAUGUUCAUCAAGGAAUCAAUUGCUGCCCGUUUGGUUUGACAGAAUGCAUAGGGACAGGAGUGUGGUGAACAUCCACUAGUGGAAAGAUCGUUAGAACAGAGAUUUCGCCACAGAGAGGGAUUGCAAUCAAAUCAAUCCCUAAUGUCAGCUGAAGUCCACUCCCUUUGUUUUGUUUUUUUCUCCUAGUGAUGAAGCACAAUGUGCAACCUCUGAAACUUGCAUUUACACCUUCUGUGGGAGAUCAUUUUCAUCCAGUCCACACUACUUUAACCACAACCUUUUGGACAUAAAUACCACCUCUUCUUGUCAAAUUUGGAACUGUUCAUCUUUCCACAUCCCUGGUCUCUUUCAUUUGACCCUGCACUCUAAUAGUCCAAUUUGCGGCAGUUUGUAGGUCAGGGCAAUUUCAUUCAUCAGAGCAAACCCAGAUGGAAAACAAUAGAAAACACCAAGAAAUCAUUAAGAGGGGAUAAUGAUUCCUUGUAAAUCCAUAUUGUUUAAAAGGGUAGUGUUUUCACUCAUGCACAAACAGGAAGGAAUGGGAGUGUGAUGGUAAAGAACGGAAGAAAACCCUCUCAGGCGUGGAUGGAUGAACAGAAGCAUAGACUCAGGUCUGAGUAUGCAUGUGACCAGAUUCUAUUUGGCCCUUUAACAUUCAGACAGUAUUUUAGGUAUUUUCCUUCAUAUUUUCUGAACUCAACUUCUGAAUUCAGGAUCUGGCUCAGAAUAUCUGGCAACAAAUUGACAGCUGCAAGACUUGGUCUGGUGUUACACAGCUAAGCCUUUUUUUUUGUAGAAAGGCAUUUUAUGAUUGACUUUGACAAUGUCAAUCACAAACCUCUCCUGUCCAUUCUCAAGACUCUUGGAAUUAGUGAUAGUGGUGUUUUGCUUCUUACUUGGAGGGAUGAUCAUAUCAAGUGACUUGGAGGGGAUCCACAUGUGCUUCAUGUAGACUCUCCACUGGUGUCCCACAAAGCUCAGUGCUGGGUCCACAUGUUUUUCGUGUUUUCUGACACCCUACUCAUGCUCUCCUUUUCUCCUUCAGACACUCAUGUUUCAGUACAGAUCUCAUCAUGGCUGGCAGACAUUUUGUCAUGGAUGGCAGCUCAUCAGCUGAAACUAAAUCCUAGCAAGACUAAGCCUAGAGAUGCAUGCAACCUUAGCAUACAGUAGUUGGACCCUAAGGUGGACAACCAACUAUCCUUCUCAGUUCACAUUACUAACAUUACUCUGUCAUGCAAGUUUCUCCUUUACAGCAACAGGAGGAUCUGGCCAUUUCUAUCCAUGGAGGCCACUCAGGUGCUUGAGACUGGACUACUUCAACUUGCUCCUGGCAGGUCUGCCCGGUGUGCCAUCUGACCCUUGUAAUUGAUCCAGAAUGCUGCUGUACAGCUUUUUACUCUCCCCAAAUUCUCCCAUGUCACCCCAUUACCGCGUUCCCUCCACUAGGUGCAUGCACCUGUCCGCAUUAGAUUAAAACACUGAUGCUCAUGUGCAAAGCCAAAAAUAGACCAGGCCCCAACUAGCUGAAGGUACUUAUCACACCCCACUAUGCACCACAUUCCCUUGGAGCAUCUGCAUGGCCUGACUGACCUACUGUCCCACAAGGUAGAAAGAAGACAUGAAUCAAGACUUCUCUGUUCUGGCACCCAGGUAGUAGAAUGAACUUCCCAUGACUGGCUGAACAGUUCGCUGGCUGCUCUUCACCAAGCACUUGAAUGAACAUUUAUUUUUUAUUUAUUUACAAACACUCCCUUAAUGUGUGUAUUUUCCUUUCUUGCUGUAAUAUCUUCCUCCUAACAGGGAUUUAGCUCAACGGUAUUCUUAGACUCUGACCUAUUAAACCAGCACGUUGAUAUGUGUUUUGAUUGAGACUACAAAGCAUUUCUGUAAGUCAAUCUGGCUAAGGCAUUUGCUAAAUGUAAAUGUGAAAAAGAUUCUAGCUAAAUGCUAAAUACCAAAAAAAAAAAACAACAUGGCAUGAUAAUCAUUUUGGUGGGCUCAAGGCAGCCAGUACACCAAUGUAUUUACCAAAUUUCCAUCUCUGGCAUACCUGAAUACACACAAAAAAAAGCUACUGUACAUGUGCCUUUUAUUCUUCUAGCCAUCUUACAAAUACAAUUUUCACAAUGUGACUUAUUUUCCCAUGAUCUGCUUUUUGGUGCCUGUUGUACUGUAAAUUUGUACUCAUGCCAAGACAAAAGCUCUCUGUAUAUGCGUCUCUUUAUACAGACGCUGCCUCUGGGUACGAAUGUGUAUCAGCUCCAGAAUCCAGACAUCCAUAAGUGGAUCAUGCUGCACUACAGUCCCUUUAAAGCAGUGUGGGAUUGGGUCAUCCUGCUGCUAGUGCUCUACACUGCAAUCUUCACCCCCUACUCAGCCGCGUUCCUGCUUAACGAGCUGGCACAGAAACAGCGACGCGUCUGCGGGUACACCUGCAACCCGCUCAACAUUGUGGAUGCCAUUGUGGAUAUUCUGUUCAUGGUGGACAUAGUGAUCAGCUUUCGCACCACAUACGUCAAUCAUAACGAUGAGGUGGUAACACAUCCUAAACUCAUUGCCAUCCACUACAUUAAAGGCUGGUUUCUUAUUGACAUGGUGGCUGCCCUGCCUUUUGACCUGCUCAUCUUUAAAUCUGGGUCAGAUGAGACAACAACCAUUCUGAUUGGUCUCCUGAAGACCGCACGACUGCUCCGAUUGGUUCGCGUGGCCAGGAAGUUAGAUCGGUACUCAGAGUAUGGAGCUGCAGUCCUAUUCUUGCUCAUGUGUACAUUUGUGCUCAUCGCUCAUUGGCUGGCAUGUAUCUGGUAUGCCAUUGGCCAUGUGGAGAGGCCCUACAUGAAAACAGGCUGGUUGGAUAACCUGGCUGAUCAACUGGGGAAGUAUUAUAACGACAGUGACGCCACCUCAGGACCUUCCAUAAAGGAUAUGUAUGUCACUGCACUGUACUUCACCUUCAGCAGCCUGACCAGUGUGGGUUUUGGGAAUGUCUCACCCAACACCAACUCUGAAAAGAUUUUCUCCAUCUGUGUCAUGCUUAUUGGCUCCCUGAUGUAUGCCAGCAUAUUUGGGAAUGUCUCAGCAAUCAUACAGCGUCUUUAUUCUGGAACCACACGUUACCACACGCAGUUGCUGAGGGUCAAAGAGUUCAUCCGUUUCCACCAAAUACCACCAGGUCUGAGGCAGAGGCUGGAAGAGUAUUUCCAGCAUGCUUGGUCCUACACCAACGGCAUUGAUAUGAAUGCAGUUUUGAAAGGAUUUCCUGAAUGCUUACAGGCUGAUAUCUGCCUGCACUUGAACCGCAACCUGCUACAGAACUGCAAGGCCUUCAAAGGGGCCAGUAAAGCCUGCCUGAGAGCCCUGGCUGUGCGUUUAAAAACCACCCACUCUCCACCAGGGGACACUCUCUACCAUCACGGCGAUAUUCUCCAUACACUUUACUUCAUCUCUCAUGGCUCAAUUCAGGUGUCCUGCAAUGAAGUUGUGCUUGCUAUACUAGGCAAGAACAAUAUAUUUGGCGAGCCCAUUAACUUGUACACAGAACCUGGACACUGCAAUGCUGAUGUGAGGACACUCACCUAUUCUGAUCUCCAUCGAAUCCAGAGAGAUGAUCUCUUGGAGGUCCUAGACAUGUACCCAGCCUUUGCUGAAAGCUUCUGGAGAAAUCUGGAGAUCACCUUCAACCUCAGAGAAGUAGAUGAGGUCCUUCACACCCUACACAGUGAAGAUAAUGACUGCCAUUACCAUAUUGAUCACUCAAGACGUCACAAAAACUCACUGGAGAGACGCAACAGACCAGAUGGAAUGGAUCAAGAUGAUUCCUAUUCAGUUCAAACAUGUACUGGCCAGGGUCAUCACUGCUUUGCUGGCCCUCACACUCACUGGGAUGAACUGUGUAGCUGUGUCUCCUCCAGAACUCAGUCUAGUGAGAACAUCAACAAACCACCUCUUUCCCACAGCCAGGUAUACACCCCUGAAGGAGACCCCCAGGAUUACCCUCCAUCUGCCCUACGGGUGAUUCCACCCAACAACAAAUCUGGGAUGGGCAUAGACCCUGGCAUGGACAGAGGAGCUCAUCCUUCUGGAUUGUACCAUUACUGGCCAGAUCGUUGGUCCACUCAAUAUGCAGGCCGCUCUUAUAGAUCCUCUUCCGUCCAAGCCUCAUAUCAUCCACCUCCAUUUGCAGAAGACUGUCCCAGCGAGCUUGAGUCCAGACUAGAGUUACUGCAAAGUCAGCUUAACAGACUGGAGACACGAAUGACUGCAGACAUUAACAUGAUUCUUCAGCUCCUCCAGAGACAGAUUACCCCUGUACCCCCAGCAUACAGCUCUGUCUCACCUGGUAGCCAGUGCCCAGACCCCUCGAUCCUGUAUGGAACUAGCACGCCAGUACUCUACAACCUGUACCCCAUUCAAAUGGAGAGCAGCACUACUAUGAUCCAGAAUGUGACCAGACCCGUUUCGGCGUUCACGACAAAGUCUUUGGAUUCCCAGCUCAGCAGCAUCCAUUUGAUGACGACAGCCAAGAAUGAAGAAAGUACCAGACGGAUUAGCUCAAAGACAUCGCCCGGUGUGACCCCCAUCCUCCAGGCAGCACCCAGCGUGAUGGAUACAACACGGCUUCACACUGCUCUGAGGUUCUCCUCGCUGCCGGGUAAUUUAGAUUCCUUGUUAGCCUUGGCUGAAAUCCAUAAACAUGUAUCUGACCCCGGCUUAACCUUGAACCAGCGACUGCAAAGCUGAGCUUGCACAAGAAUUCUGGGUUUCAAUAAAGCACAGGCAUGUGUUCAGGAUUUUGCUUGCAUUGCUGGAGAAAAACAAAACCAAUUACUGUGAGUUUCAUCAGAAUGUACAAAGACGAGCUAAAGAAGAGUAUACAACGACCAGGGGCAAUCCCAUCAACAGUCACAACCAUUAUGCAUUACAGAAUUUUGCAAUGUAUCCGAGCGUGCAUCUGUGCAGAAAGUGCAACGUUUCCCACCACUGCCACCGUCUUCUCGGGUAACCAGCUAACCGCACGGGAAGAACGUGAGAUCAGUGUAGGAUUGGAACAAAGUGUUGAAUUUACAAGGAUUUCUGAGCAUGUGAAACUGAAGCGCCGAGAAUAAAAACCCAGUAUAUGUCCGAAUCAAAGAAGACAACUCAGUUAACUCGGUCCCUCCAGGAUUUUGCGAUCGCAGAAAAGAAUGCGAAAUCAAGCAAACUUGAUGACGCGAUAUUUGGAGGAGCUUGUGACUUUUCGAAAUUACCGCAGGUUUGAGGCCAAGACGUCACAAUGUGACGCGCGUCAAACUUGAGUACAGCUAUAAAAAAAAAAAAUAAUAAUAAUAAAAAUAAACAAAUAAAUACAUAAAAUAAUAAUAAUAAUAAAAAAAAAAAAUUUUUUUUUUUUUUAAAAAGGUCUCGUUUCGCUGUGAAAGACCGUGCGAAACAAUUUUGUGCGAUUGCAAUUUCGCCAAUUCAAAGUAGUUGCACAAAGGACUCACAAGUUGCAUCGCAAAUUUCUAAGAAAAAAAAUUAAGCAUUUUCGGCCGCAACGAUCAAAAAAUAAAUAAAAUUCAGCAAAAUCCUGUACGGACUGUUCACUAAAUAGCGAACUAGCAUGAAAGUUUAGUAAUGUAGCGUGGUGUAUUACUGAAGUAUUUCUUUGUUGUUAAUUUGUUGUCAUUUUGUCUUUCUUUCUUUUCUUAAUUUUACUAAAUUAACUAAAUUACAUGGCUAGAUAGUUUUGUAAUAUUGUCUGUUGUUAUUGGUCAAAUGUUUUUCUUGUUUUGAAUUGCGUCUUUUUUUAAUAGCUUCAUUUUUCUUUCUUUCCUUUAUUCGCUUUCCUUUCCAUAUUUCAUUCGUCCUUAAUCUUUCUUCCUUUCGCCUUAAAUUCUUUACCACUGUACCCCCCCUUCUUUCAUUCCUUUUUCAGAUUCUUACUCCAUGCCUAAUCGGCAUGCUUUAUUAAUGAAAAGAAAAUAUUGUGUAGUAUAAUAUAAGUGAAGAAAAUGCAUACAGGUUAUGCGUAAUAUACAAAUAUAUUUUCUUUUUUUUCACCCAGUGGAAACAAGUGGAUACAUCUUGAUUAGCUUUUACAAAAAAAACAACAACAACAAAAAUCACAAUGUACAUUUGUUUGUUUGUUUUUUCUUAAUAACUAUAAAAUAAAACACACCACGGUCCGAAUGGAUAAUCCGUAAUACGUUAAAGACGCAACAUAUUCACAAAAGUUGGCAGUUUUCAGACAUCAGAGUGCAACAACUCUAAAAAUACAGUAAAAUACACUAUGUACCAUAAAAAUUAAGAAACAAAAAAAAAUCCUCAAAACAUACAAACAUAUAAAAAGAUACUUUUGUUAAAAUCACAAACGAUACAUUAAUUAAUUUUCACAACUCCUUCAAUGUACUCUGUAUCGAUUUCUUUUUUCCCCCCCUCUUUAGUGUUGCAAAGUUUUGCUCAAGUUCCUUCUACAUAUGUUCUAUAGCUUAAAAUUAUAUUUUUUAAACUACAAAACACGUGGCUCGUGUUCUCGUCAUGAUCUUCGCCGUAGCCUCUCCUUCUGUAUUAUAACGACGUGUUAACGUGAGCAGAUUCGGACUGAAGCCUGAGCUGAAUCAUACGUCCUGGAGAUCGUUUUGGAAAUUGUUGUGUAUGUGUAAGAAAAAUUCGAGCUAAAACAGUGUUUAGCACUGCUGGGUUGGCAGG